AUGCUGAAUCCUCUCCCCCUCCUCCUCAUAUCAACCCUCCUCUCCAGCACCACUGCGUUCUCCAUAAAUAUCAACCGCCGCCAUGCCUCCCCACAAAACUCCCAAUCCGGCGGAGGGGGUGGUGAUCCCUACUUCAACAAUGACCUCCCGCGCUUCAAAAGGGAAAUCCUGGAAGCACACAACGCUCGCCGCAAGGAAUUCGGCGUGGCCCCGCUCUCAUGGGACAACGAGCUCUGGAAGAUGGCCAAGAGCGUGACCAAGACCUGCGUCUUCCAACACUCCGGAGGGCCCUACGGCGAGAACUUGUAUGGUAGCAGUGGCGGGGAUCCUAAAUCUGCAGUGGAUGCCUUCGCGGAUGAAGUCAAGAACUACAGGGAUGAUAAUCUGAUCUGGAAUGGGAACUCGCCAAGUACUAAGGAUGGGACUGCCAUCGGGCAUUAUACGCAGGUUGCUUGGAAGGACACGGUUAAAGUGGCUUGCGCUACGAGUGAUCAGAGGUGUAAUUUUCCUGGUGGGGCUAUGUGGUAGGUUUUUCCUUGCUUCUCUCCUCUCGUAGGAAAUUGGCGAGGGGACAUGCUGAUUGUAUGUGAGUGCGCAGGUUCGUAGUGUGCGAAUACUGGCCGCCCGGAAACUUCGGUAGCCCGAAUGAAAACCUCUACCAAAAGAACGUUGGCCGCCCGGGAGAACCUUUCAAGGCGCCCUCCGCAGAUGCAAAUCCUGUUGUGCCGUCAUACAAAGGCAAUGACAUACAACUACCAGAAUCCCUGGCGAACGACCACUAG